AGGGAGGACCUGGUCCCGCUUCCUUUCAUCUUACAGAUAAGGAAAUUGGCAUCUGGUGAGAGGUCCUGUGAGGAAUAAACAAUGGAUUCCUUGGACCACAUGCUGACAGAUCCCCUGGAACUCGGUCCAUGUGGAGAUGGCCAUGGCACGCGUAUUAUGGAGGACUGCCUGCUGGGAGGCACCAGGGUUAGUCUGCCUGAGGACCUUCUGGAGGAUCCCGAGAUAUUCUUUGAUGUCGUCAGCCUUUCAACAUGGCAAGAAGUAUUAAGUGACUCUCAACGUGAGCACCUCCAGCGGUUUCUGCCUCGCUUUCCUGAAGACAGCAUUGAGCAGCAAAAUGAGCUCAUCCUGGCCCUGUUCAGUGGGGAGAACUUCCGCUUCGGAAACCCUCUGCACAUUGCCCAGAAGCUUUUCCGAGAUGGACACUUUAACCCUGAGGUGGUCAAGUACCGGCAGCUGUGCUUCAAGUCACAGUACAAGCGAUACCUCAACUCUCAGCAGCAAUAUUUUCAUCGGCUGCUGAAGCAGAUUCUUGCUUCCCGGAGUGGCCUGCUGGAGAUGGCCCGUCGGAGCGGCCCGGCCCUCCCCUUCCGGCAGAAACACCCUUCACCAUCCCGCAGCCCUGAGGAGCGCGAGUGGCGAGCGCAGCAGCGCUACUGGAAGGUGUUGAGGGAGGUGAAGGAGGAGUGUGGGGACACAGCCCUGUCAUCCGAUGAGGAGACCACGUUGGAUUUACAAGAAAAAUUUUCUUUUGAAGAUCUCAGCUCGUGGCUUCCAAGCUCUCCAGCACGUUCUCCUAGUCCUGCGGUGCCCCUGAGGGUGGUGCCCACGCUUUCAACCACGGAUAUGAAAACCGCAGAUAAAAUAGAACUGGGGGACAGUGAUCUGAAGAUAAUGUUAAAGAAGCACCAUGAGAAGCGGAAGCAUCAACCAGAUCACCCGGACCUUUUGACAGGGGACCUGAGCCUCAAUGACAUUAUGACUCGAGUAAACGCUGGCAGGAAGGGCUCUCUUGCAGCUCUAUAUGACUUGGCUGUCCUCAAAAAAAGGGUUAAGGAGAAAGAGGAAAAGAAGAAGAAGAAAAUGAAAACGAUCAAAUCAGAGGCAGAGGAUCUGUCUGAGCCCCUAAACCAUACUGAAGGAGUCCCAUCUCUUUCAGAGGCCCCAUCUCCACUGGCAACACCUGCUAUUAAGGAAGAGCCCCUUGAAGACCUCAAGCCUUGCCUUGGAAUCAAUGAAAUAUCUUCCAGCUUUUUCUCUCUUCUGUUAGAGAUCUUGCUGCUGGAGGGUCAGGCUAGCCUUCCUAUGCUAGAGGAGCGAGUGUUGGAUUGGCAGUCAUCUCCAGCCAGCUCUCUCAACAGCUGGUUCUCUGUGGCCCCCAACUGGGCUGAGUUGGUGUUACCAGCCCUGCAGUAUCUUGCUGGAGAAAGCCGAGCUGUUCCGUCCAGUUUCUCUCCAUUUGUUGAAUUCAAAGAGAAAACUCAGCAGUGGAAAUUACUUGGCCAUUCUCAAGAUAAUGAAAAGGAAUUAGCUGCACUCUUCCAGCUGUGGCUAGAGACCAAAGACCAGGCCUUCUGUAAGCAAGAAAAUGAAGACAGCUCAGAUGCCACAACACCUGUCCCUCGGGUAAGAACUGACUAUGUGGUACGGCCCAGCACAGGUGAGGAGAAACGGGUUUUUCAGGAGCAGGAGCGCUACAGGUACAGCCAACCGCACAAGGCAUUCACCUUUCGCAUGCAUGGCUUCGAGUCUGUGGUGGGGCCAGUGAAGGGUGUGUUUGACAAGGAGACCUCACUUAACAAGGCUCGGGAGCAUUCCCUGCUGCGCUCCGACCGGCCUGCCUAUGUCACCAUCCUGUCUCUUGUUCGAGAUGCCGCGGCACGGCUGCCUAAUGGAGAAGGCACACGGGCAGAGAUCUGUGAACUGCUCACGGACUCUCAGUUUCUUGCACCAGAUGUCACCAGCACUCAGGUGAAUACAGUAGUGAGUGGUGCCCUGGAUCGGCUACAUUAUGAAAAAGACCCUUGUGUUAAAUAUGACAUUGGGCGAAAACUGUGGAUCUACCUGCAUCGUGACCGGAGCGAGGAAGAGUUUGAGCGGAUUCACCAAGCACAAGCAGCUGCAGCUAAAGCCAGAAAAGCUCUUCAGCAAAAACCCAAGCCCCCAUCCAAAGUGAAGUCUAGUAGCAAGGAGAGCUCCAUAAAGGUCCUCGGCAGUGGCCCUUCCGAGCAGAGUCAGAUGAGCCUCAGUGACUCCAGCAUGCCACCCACCCCGGUCACACCUGUAACCCCCACUACGCCAGCCUUGCCUGCCACCCCGAUCUCCCCUCCACUUGUAUCGUCGGUAAACAAAAGUGGCCCUGCCACUGUCUCAGAACCAGCUAAGUCUAGCUCAAGUGUUCUUCUGGUGUCCUCGCCAACAAUGCCACAGCUGGGAACAAAGCUUUCCCCAGCUUCCAGCCAGACGCCACCCAAUGCUCAGGCCGCUGCCCGGGUCGUGAGCCACUCUGGCUCGUCUGGACUACCACAGGUGCGGGUGGUGGCCCAGCCCAACCUUCCUGCUGUCCCCCAGCAGUCAGCAGGGUCAGCACAGACACUGCCACAGAUGCCAGCAGGACCACAGAUCCGGGUUCCAGCCACUGCCACACAGACCAAAGUGGUGCCCCAGACAGUAACGGCCACUGUUCCAGUCAAAGCGCACACGGCAACGGCCACUGUGCAGCGGCCCGGACCUGGGCAGAUGGGGCUCUCGGUGACAAGUCUCCCUGCCGCAGCCAGCUCUGUGAGCAAGCCAGCCACCAGCUCUCCCGGGAGCUCUGCUCCAAGUGUCUCCACGGCUGCCGUCAUUCAGAACGUCCCAGGACAGAACAUUAUCAAGCAGGUGGCCAUCACUGGGCAGCUUGGGGUGAAGCCCCAGACAGGCAACAGCAUCCCACUCACAGCCACUAACUUCUGUAUCCAGGGUAAGGAUGUAUUGCGCCUGCCACCCUCUUCCAUCACCACAGAUGCCAAGGGCCAGACGGUUCUGCGAAUCACUCCGGACAUGAUGGCCACAUUAGCCAAGUCCCAGGUUACCACAGUCAAAUUGACCCAGGAUCUCUUCGGGACAGGAGGCGGCACUACAGGCAAAGGCAUCUCUGCAACCUUACACGUCACUUCUAAUCCAGUCCAUGCAGCUGAUAGCUCUGCCAAGGCCAGUUCAGCCAGUGCCCCUUCAUCAGCUGCAACAGGAACCACUGUGGUCAAAGUGACUCCUGACCUCAAACCAACAGAAGCCUCAAGUUCAACUUUCCGCUUGAUGCCAGCCCUUGGUGUGAGUGUGGCUGACCAGAAGGGAAAAAACACAGUGGCUUCUUCAGAAGCAAAACCAGCUGCCACAAUCCGCAUCGUGCAGGGCCUGGGAGUGAUGCCUCCCAAAGCAGGCCAGACCAUCACAGUCGCAGCCCAUGCCAAGCAAGGGGCCUCAGUGGCCAGUGGGUCUGGAACUGUCCAUACUUCAGCAGUGUCCCUGCCCAGUAUGAAUGCCGCUGUGUCCAAGACUGUGGCUGUGGCUUCUGGGGUUGCAAGCACUCCCAUCAGCAUCGGGACAGGAGCCCCCACUGUGCGGCAGGUCCCUGUCAGCACCACAGUUGUGUCCACGUCCCAGGCUGGAAAGCUGCCUACACGGAUCACAGUUCCACUCUCUGUGAUUAGCCAGCCAAUGAAGGGCAAAGGUGUGGUCACAGCACCCAUCAUCAAAGGCAACCUCGGAGCCAACCUUAGCGGGUUGGGCCGCAAUAUCAUCCUUACGACCAUGCCAGCAGGUACUAAGCUCAUUGCUGGCAAUAAGCCUGUUAGUUUCCUUACUGCCCAGCAGUUGCAGCAGCUUCAGCAACAAGGUCAGGCUGCACAGGUGCGCAUCCAGACUGUCCCCACAUCCCAUCUUCAACAAGGAACCGCUUCUGGUUCCUCCAAGGCAGUCUCCACUGUUGUUGUCACCACGGCUCCAUCUCCUAAACAGGCACCUGAACAACAGUGAUUAGGAGAGUGAGAUGGCUUCCACGAAAGACCAGACCUGGUCUGUCCCUCUAGCUGAAAGGAAGGGAGCAGGGAGGUUGCAUCAUUCCUCUAAGCUUGUCUAAGGCAGGCCGGGAGGGCGUUGGUGACAACAGUGGCCUGAAUUCUGCUGCCACGCUCCACAGUGGAGCAUCCUGAGAAAGGUUCAUUCCACGGUUUCAAGGUCUGCUUUGUGCUAAUCCGGGAGAAGAUUCUGUUGAAAUUGUGGGAGGUCACAGUUAUGUCAUAUGAGCCAGAGUUCUCUCCCGAGAGUGAGACACCCAGGGACAGCUGCUUGGUUGCAGAGUGCACAGUGAAUAAGCCUCGCUGUAUAUGAGGAUUGUGUUUUUAGCUUCUGGUCUUCUCCGUGACUAGUGAUAUGGAUAUGAGUUUUGUGUCCAGAAAAUUUUAUGUAACUUAUUUUUUUAAAGAAACUAUUAUACAUCCUUAUCAAAUAGCAACCUGGCUUUAGCCCCCGUAAACUGGUUACUUAUUCUUUUGACCAGAAUGAGCGAAUAGCAAGAGUCUUAGUGAAUUGGUGGCUGACUUGAUAUCUACAUAGUAAUCGAGAGGCUAUAAGAUGGGGAAAAAACAUAUGAAGGUGGUGUGGAUUCCCUGAAAUGGGACUAGUUUGGCAGUGCCUCUGAAAGAUGGGGUGUUGGAUCUUGAUUGUGGUCCAUGCCUUCCCCUGCUGACUUCAUUCUUCUCAGGAAGCAGGUUCACAGGCAAGUCCGGGGCUGGUGGACAAGAGUAGCAGGAUGAUAGCAGAGAUGCUGCUUCUGCAGCACAAACUUUGUUGCGGUUCAGAGAUUAUACAUUUUGCUUUGCUCCAGAGCAGGAAUCAUAACUGGGCCCUUGGGGCUGGUCGCUUGUUUUUGUAAAUAAAGUUUUACUGGAACAGCCCAGACCCAUUUGUUUAUGUAUUAUCCGUGGCCGCAGAGGAUAGGUUAUCAGAAGGCAGACUUGAGUGGUUGCCAUAAAGACAGUAUGGUCCUCAAGCCUAAACUAUUUCUUUUAUGGCCCUUUAAGAAAAAGUUUGCUGACCCCUGCUCCAUAGUGGAGAUGGCAAGAGAAGAGUGGGGUGUGCAGGGACAGGGAUCUGCCUGCCUGGCAGUACCAACCGCAAAAGAGGUAGGUCUGGAUUUGCAAGUCAUUUAAUCCUAGCCAUGUCACACUUCUCAGCCUCUGUCAGCUACAAGGUGAGCUCACAGUGGUAUUUUAAAACGUAGUAAGUAAUUAAAGCACUGGUUGUUAACAA